CGAACUGAACCGACCCAUACCAUACAUCACCAUUCACCAUUAAUCCCAUCCUCCCCUCCCCCCACCCCCUAAUUACAAGUAUCCUCCAUUUGUGAAUUUACUCUACCCCACAUAAAAUAUCCCCAAGAGAGAGGUCUCAAACCCCUUCAUUUUACCUUAUCAUUUCAUACAAACCUCAUUUGUUAUCUCCCUCCCCAAAUUUGUCACCAAUGGCUACCCUCUCAUCUUCUAUCCUCCUUAAACCCCUAUUGCCUUCUUUACAAUCCCUUAAACCCACAAUCUCCCUCCUUUCUCUAUCCCCACAUCCAUUAACCCCACAAGCAUGGAAGUGGAAUCGCAACAACCCAUCAAAAAAUUUUGCAAUUAAAGCUUCCAUUGAUGGAGAUUACUCCGCUAAAAGAAGCAGCAGCAACAACAGUGGUGAGCAAAGAGAGACGAUAAUGUUACCUGGUUGCGACUAUAAUCACUGGUUGAUUGUUAUGGAAUUCCCUAAAGACCCUGCUCCUACUAGAGAACAGAUGAUUGAUACUUACCUUAAUACUCUUGCUACUGUUUUGGGAAGCAUGGAAGAAGCAAAAAAGAACAUGUAUGCUUUUAGUACCACAACCUACACUGGUUUCCAAUGUACCGUAGAUGAAGAAACAUCAGAAAAAUUCAAGGGAUUGCCUGGAGUUCUAUGGGUGUUACCUGAUUCAUACAUCGAUGUUAAAAACAAGGACUAUGGAGGGGAUAAGUAUAUCAAUGGUGAGAUCAUUCCUUGCAAGUAUCCGACCUAUCAACCCAAGCAGCGCAAUACUUCUAAAUAUGAGAGUAGAAGGUAUGAGAGAAAGCGAGAUGGUCCCCCUGGAACAGCCCGAAAACCAAGACAAGAGACUGCCUCCUCUGAAUCAACGUCUUCAUGAGGUUGUUUACCUGUUUUCUGAAAUUGCAUAUCAUUUGGAGAUAUUAGUUGCAUUUGCUGGAUAUGGAUGGAUAUUCAUUUGUUCAUGGCCUUGAAGAUUUAUGCUGUUGAUAUCAUGGAUGUGCUGCAACAAUCUUUUACUGUAAGGCACCAAUUGCUAGCAAAGUAGUCUAUUAUUAGAAUCUGAGCUAUUGAUGUAUGAAUAUGUUUGUGUAGGAGUCUCUUUGGCCCUGCUUACAAGAUUUUUGUAUGGUUGUUUUCUCUUGUUUGCUGUCAAAUAGACUCUGCAUUUUAACUAUAGUAUGAAAUUUUCGUUUCUGUUUGUA